UGUUGAUGAGGCCAGCAGUCGUGCUUCCGCUGUCAUUGUUUCCGCUUCCACAUCCUCGUGCUUCUUCUCCUUGCUAGCUGCAAAGUAGCUCUAACUUUUUUAUUUUUUUUUUGGUUUUUACUCGAAACACUUUAAACUUCUUUUUUUUUCCCCCUCCGUCUUUUCCUGGAAACAUGGGAGACAUGGAAGCUCCCGACGCCAGGCAGCCGAGCAGCAGCGUGCUUCAGUCGGUGCUGCCCAGCAGAGAGUGGGCCUCCUCCCGCAAGGGAAUGUUGGUCAUCGCCCAAGUGGUGGUGUCCUUCAUAGACUUCGUGUGCUUCGCGGCGUCCACGGCAGCCGCCUUCGUGACCGUCCCCCUGCUGGAGUUCCUGGCCGCCCUCUUCCUGCUCUUCGCCUACUCCACUGGAUUCAACCAGAGGUUCACCGGCUUCCUGUGGCCUCUCACGGACUUCAUGAGAUGUGUGACGGCCGCCAUCAUCUACUUCAUCAUCUCCAUCAUCGCAGUCUCCAAGUAUGUGGACGCCUCCUCCAAGGCUGCAGGGGUGUUCGGCUUCAUUGCCACCAUCGCCUUCGCUUUGGAUUUUUACCUCAUUUUUAACGAGCUGGCCAGUUUCCUGAAGCAAGGAGGAGAGACCAGGGAGGAAGCUCCCAGACCGCCAGAUGAAUUUUCAGACUCGGACUCGGACUGAGAUCUCACCACUUUAAUUACAAAAAAAAAAAAAAGCACUCCCGGAGGCGUGGCCUAUUCUGCAGUGCUGCUGCCGCCGCCUGGCGAGGCUCCGCCCACAGAGUGUGUAGAGGAAGUUGCAUCACUUUUUCUUGCGCAAUUUCUAUUGUCUUUAUAAGAUGUUUGCUCGUGGAGGACUCGAAUGUGUGGUCCCGUCUUACUGAGCACACACCAUCCUGUCUUCCAUGCAAAUUAGGGCUAUCCAGAAACCGAUUUUGAUAUUGCAUUUCGGUCCGAUACCAGCAAAAAAAUUUAAAACAAGUUUUGAUUCAUAUCUAAAAUCUCUGAUUCAAGCUGGACAGCAGUCGAGUCAUUUUUAAAAGGUAAACAUGCUAGGCAAUAGCUACUAGGAGUUUGCUAGCAGCUACACAACGGCUAAGCACACAAUAGCACACAUGUGAGACGUACAUGAGUGUCCUCAAUUAAACAACGUAAACAAGUAUGAAUCAUUCUAGUUGCAUAUUACUUACAAAGUCUUCAAGGCAGACACGUAUCAGAAAGCAUUCAGUAACAAACGUGUCCGCAUCACUCAUUUACUGCAUUAAUUAUUGUUACCACUAGGUGUCGCCAAAGACAAAAUGCCACUCCGCUCUAGUUUAAAGACAACAUAAGUCCGUCAUCAGUUUAGUGUUUUUCAUACCUACCAGUCUUGUUGGAGUAUUUUCACUUGAUCAAACCUUUUACUAACAUUCUACUCUAAAAGAUAAAAGUAUGUACUGUGAUUCCCGCCAAUAUCGUCUCGGUUUAUUGUCUGUAUCGGCCAACGCUCUGAUGUUGUGUAAAAAAGUUGUAUCGGGACACCCCUAGUGUAAAUAAAGUGUUAACAAAAAACAACAAAUCUGUACAGUGUAAAACUUAAAGGGUUGAUAAAAGAAAAAAUAUUUUUAAAAACUAAUUCUACAUUCAAACAUUUUAAUUUGCAUUUUCAAAGGAACUGUGGAGCGAAGGUAUCGAUUUACCGGUUUUGAAAAUGAACUUUUAAUACCUACAAACAAUUAGAAUACUAAACAAAACUGUAACAAACAUGUUGAACACUAAAAAUAAUGAAACUGUCACUACCAGGGAUGGGUACCGUUCACAUUUGAGCCAAUACGGUACCAAUUCCCGGUGCCUGUGAAUCGAUACCAUUACUCAACGAUUACAAUUUUCAGGUACUCUUUUUAUUUUUAUUUUUUAACAAUAAAAUAAAAAUAAAUGAUAGCAAUGUUAAACAAUUCGCUGCUUAUGCUGUUCAAAUCCCAUUUUUAAGACUCAAUAAAAGUUGCAAGUCAAGGACGUGCAUAGUUUGUCUUUUGCUGUCGAAUCGUCUGUUGCGCCCUAAAAAGUGCUAAUACUAUAAGUACUGUACUUACUACCCACCAGUUUGAUUGUAACGCGCAUCGUAGUUGAAGUUUUCAUUAACAAAUUUGGAGGUGUUGGGGUCGCCAUGUAAAAUCGCUAAUGCUAACAAGUAGCACGUCAAUAUCAGAGCUAUGGUAUAUUAGCAUCGUUUUUGGCCUUACUUUACUUAAAGGGGAACAUUAUCAGCAGACCUAUGUAAGCGUCAAUAUAUACCUUGAUGGUGCAGAAAAAAGACCAUCUAUUUUUUCAACCGAUUUCCGAACUCUAAAUGGGUGAAUUUUGGCGAAUUAAACGCCUUUCUGUUUAUCGCGCUGGAGGCGAUGACGUCAGAAUGUGACGUCGCCGAGGUAACACACCCGCCAUUUUCAUUUUCAUAUUACAAACACCGGGUUUCAGCUCUGUUAUUUUCCGUUUUUUCGACUAUUUUUUGGAACCUUGGAGACAUCAUGCCUCGUGGGUGUGUUGUCGGAGGGUGUAACAACACUAACAGGGAGGGAUUCAAGUUGCACCACUGGCCCCAAGAUGCCAAAGUGUCUGCCGCCAGACCCCCAGUGAAUGUGCCAGAGUGUCUCCACAUUUGACCGGCGAUGCUAAGACAGACAUGGCACAGAGAUGUAUGGAUAACCUGCAGAUGCAUUUGCAACGAUAGUCAACGAAAUCACAAAGGUGAGUUUUGUUGAUGUUGACUGCCAGCUAAUCGAUGCUAACAUGCUAUGCUAAUCGAUGCUAACAUGCUAUUUACCGGCGGUGCUAAAGCAGACAUGGCACAGAGAUGUAUGGACAACCUGCAGAUGCAUUUGCAACUAUAUUACGUUUCCUUCCACCCACAUUUAAUGCGAAACAAACACUUACCAAUCGACGGAUUUAAGUUGCUCCAGUGUCAAAAGAUGCGAAAGUCCUGAUCGUUUGGUCCGCACAUUUUACCGGCGAUGCUAACGCAGCUAUUCGGCCAUGUUAUGGCUAUGAAUAGCGUCAAUAGCUUCAGUUUCUUCUUCAAUAUUUUCAUACUCCAACCAUCUGUUUAAAUACAUGCGUAAUCUGUUGAAUCGCUUAAGUCGCUGAAAUCCGAGUUUGAAUCCGAGCUAAUGUCGCUAUAUCUUGCUGUGGUAUUCCCAUUGUUUGUUUACAUUGGCAGCACUGUGUGACGUCACAGGGAAAUGGCCAGUGUCUUCACAGAGAGCGAAAAUAAGGCACUUUAAAGCUUUAUUUAGGGAUAUUCAGAGACCGGUAAAAUUUUGAAAAAAACAUAAAGAAAUACGACAAGCCACUGGGAACUGAUUUUUAUUGUUUUUAACCCUUUUGAAAUUGUGAUAAUGUUCCCCUUUAAGUUGAAUUGGGGUUGUUUUGGGGGUGAUUUAAAAAAAAAAUGUAAUUAACAAUUGCAACUUUACUGAAAGGUAGUUUGGCCGUGUCCGCUCUCAGUGCUGCUGGAGUGAUCGCCAAGUGAGCCCGAGAUCGUAACAAUUUCUAUUGAUUUACAGUACAUGAAUAAAAGUCUUUUGAUGUUGCAGGUUG